UUUUUUUUUAAUCUUUUUCUUAUGCCACAUCUUCGCCUUUCAAAGUCAUUAAGGGCACGUUUAAUUGUUAGUUAUGGAAAGGAUUGGGUUCUUGUGAUUUUGAUGAUUAUCAUCUUUUUUGCUAUUGAUAUAAUCACUCCCUUUCACAGAGAAUUCUCUAUUAAUGACACUUCACUUAUGCACAACUAUGCAGUGAAUGAAAGUGUACCUGUGUGGGCACUUGCAGUCAUUGCGAUUGUAGCACCAGUUGUGAUCAUUGCUGUUAUUUCCAUUGGGGUCCGUAGAAGCUGGAUGGAUUUCAAUAGUGGUUUAUUAGGACUUGCUUUGGCUUUAUCAAUGACGAUCAUGUUUACUGAUGUUCUCAAGAUUACAGUAGGCCGUCCCCGUCCAGACAUGCUUGAUAGAUGUCAGCCACCACCUGGCAUUCAAGAUCCACCAUUACACUUAUUGAACUAUACCAUUUGCACUGCAGAUCACAACACAUACGAGUUUAAAGAUGGAUUUAAGAGUUUCCCUAGUGGUCAUGCAUCAUUCUCAUUUGCAGGCCUAGGCUAUUUGUCUUUCUUUUUGGCAGGGAAAAUGCAUCUUUUUGAUCAAGGAGGUCAUACUUACAAGAGCUUUGUGUUCUCUUUUCCUUUUUUGGGUGCACUCUUGAUUGCCAUUUCUCGAAUUCGAGAUUAUCGUCACCAUUGGACAGAUGUCUUUGUGGGUGGCAUUAUUGGCACUGUAUUUGCUUAUUUUUGUUAUAGACAAUACUACCCUUCCUUAGCUCAUAAAGAAUCACAAAAGCCUUUCCCACCACGUCUUUCGAGUCCUGAGGACAUUUUCCCUGGAGACAACCCCCACCAUGACGAUGAAGAAUCAGCUGUUGUACAUCCAGGCGACUCCUUUUACGGUGAAUGUAGAGACUCAUUCGAUUCAUCUUCUAGACUCUUAUCCUAACUCAUCUUUAGAUACUGAACGGCCUGGUACCACUCGAUCUGAUAAUCGUAGCUAUACUACUACUCAAGUAGAGUCUCCACCAAACAAAUACAAUAUUGAUCAUGUCGAACAAACUCAAAAUUCCUCUAGCACUUCUUCUUUCCCUCCUCCUCCAUCACAUCCUAAUCAUAAACACCAUCAUGAAUACCGUU